GAACAUAAUCGUUCAUACAUAGAUACAUACAUACAUACAUAUACAAUGGGAGGAAAGAAGAAGGGAAGCAAGAAUGUUACAAAGGGUAUUACAAAGAAGGAGAAACCUGUUAUACCUAGACUGUUGGAUGAUGAUGAUGACUUCUUCUUGCCCAAGGUUGAAGAUGCUCUAAGAGAGAUAUUCGGUCGUUAUGAUUCAAAUAAGGAUGGCGCAUUGUCAUUGGCUGAACUGAAUCAAUUCGCUGUAAAGUGCAAUGGCAAGCCAUUCGACAAGGACUCUAUCGAUGCCAUUCAAGAGGCAUUCAGUUGCAAUGACAAGGGUGAGCUCACCAUCACUGGCUUCCUCGAGAUGUACUGCAUGCAAUCAAUGUCCGAGCCUGAGGAAACCUGGAGGGACAUCACUGCACAUGGAUAUAACUCAAACGUGGAGCUCAAGACUGCUGAGGAGUCUGCAGUUGCUCCUUCAUCUUCACAACAGGCAGCCAUCACAAGUUCUGCCGAAACACCAUCGACUUCGACAUCAACGAGCGAGACGACACCAUCAUCAAAGACGACAGAGGACUCAAACAUCAUUGGUCAAUUGGAGACCAAGGUUAACAACCUCAAUGUA